GAAAUGAUUGGGAUGAAGAAACGAAAUCUUCAAAAUGAAAAAAAGAAGAAGAAUUUCUAAAGACGUCUCAAGUGAUGAAAAAUAAUAAAUGAACGACAAUGCAAACAAAUGAGAAUAAAAAUAUUUGUGAGUAAAUCUCAAGAUGUUUUAGUGUCCAAAAGUGAGAAGAAUACAAAAUACAAAAAAAAACUUAUCCUUCAUAACAACAAGUGUUGUGCAAACAAACCUUCUGAAUAAAACUUGAAAAAGUAAAUAACCGUGAGCGAAAUUAGAAAAAAAAAAUCUUUCAGAAAGUGAUUAAAUUUCACGUUCUGUUGACAUGUUUAAUCUUUGAAGCCAUAUAAUACUUACGAGAGAACUCGCAAGAGGAUAAAAAAUAAAUUGAAGUUCCGAAAAUGUCGGUAAAUACACGAUGGUGGAAAGUUAAAAGACGCAGAAAAUGUAAUUCAAUACCAUUGUGGAUACUUUGCUGUUGUUGCUUUCUUAAUGGAUUAAAAGUCGUGAGUGCAGCUUAUAUCGAAGCCGAUGAUCUCAUUAAUGAGUUGGAUAGGCCAAUUCCAAUUACAUCUGUCGCCGGUGUGUUGGGAAAGCAGGCGAUGCUUCCAUGUGAUAUAACACCGUUAGAGCGAGAUGAUGCUGUAUACAUGGUUUUGUGGUUUAAAGAAGGCGAUGGCGAGCCAUUAUACAGUUUCGAUGUUCGGGGCCGGCAGUUUGGACAGGCUAAAUUAUGGUCAUCGCCAGCUGCCUUUGGCAGUCGAGCAUUUUUUCGAACAGCAUCACAUCCAGCACAACUUCUUGUUGAUGAUAUCAAACUCAACGAUGAAGGCAUGUACAGAUGUCGAGUUGACUUCCGGAAUUCUCCAACUAGAAAUCUUAAAAUUAAUUUUACUGUUAUAGUUCCACCUCAAAAACCUGUGAUAUAUGAUGCGAGAAGGAGAGACCGAACAAAAUUAAUUGAACCGUAUAAUGAGGGCAGUGAUGUGACACUGAUUUGUGAAGUUUCAGGAGGGAGGCCUCGACCAAAUGUUACUUGGUAUUUGGACAACACAGUUAUUGAUGAGUCAUUUGAAACGAGGAAAGAUGGAAUUACUGUGAAUCAUUUAUCAUAUCCAAACGUUGGACGACAACAUCUGAACGCAAGACUCUUGUGUGUAGCGAGCAACACGAACUUGACACCGCCGAACAAUAAAGCUGUAAUUUUAGAUCCAAUAGCAGUUCAUAUCACAACGAGGGAAAAGUUCGUCUCAGCCGAGAAACGCUAUGAUGUCGAAUGUAAGAGUUCCGGUUCAAGGCCCGAGGCUGUCUUAACAUGGUGGAAGGGAUCACGACAAAUCAAAAGGAUGGCCAAGAAUUUUUCCGAGACAGGCAAUCAAUCAUUGAGCAUUCUGACGUUCAUUCCCGUGGUAGAUGACGAUGGAAAAUACUUGACGUGUCGUUCAGAAAAUCCAUUCAUACCAGAUAGUGCAAUCGAAGACAAAUGGAGACUCGUUGUUCAUUACAUGCCAGUUGUCACUCUGAAAAUGGGCUCAUCACUUAAUCCCGAUGAUAUUAAGGAAGGUGCUGAUGUAUAUUUCGAAUGUUUGAUUCAAUCCAAUCCGAAACCAUACAAGAUGUCGUGGUAUCAUAAUGGAGUUGAGCUUCAUCACAAUGUCACAGCAGGGAUUAUUUUAUCAGAUCAAUCAUUGGUAUUACAGAGCGUAACAAAGAGUUUAGCAGGCGAUUAUACUUGUUUAGCUGUAAACAAUGAGGGUCGCGGCACAAGCAAUCCGGUUACGUUGCGUGUUCGAUGUGAGUAUUUUCUUCCA